GCAGCAGCAGCAGCGGGUGAAGCCGACCGAGAGAGAGAGAGAGAGAGAGAAGGCAGGCGGGAAAUAAGGAUUUUGUGGAGCAACCUCUUGGAUACAGUAAGGAAACCAAUAGUAUAGAAAGACAUAAUCCUCUCAAGGUGAUAUUCUUACCGAAAUCUUGACCUUACUUCCAGAUAAGAAAUUUAAGAAGAAGAGUCAAAUAUCUGUUUUGUAAUUAAACACCCAUAUCACUCUUGACAUGAAGGAUAAAACAUCACAAUGCCUGGAGUGUGGAAAGAGCUUCACUAGCAGGAGAGGUUUACAUUUACAUCAAACAACUCACACUGGGGAGAAACCCUAUACAUGCCUGGAGUGUGGAAAGAGGUUCUCUCAUCCUUCAGGUUUACGAUCGCAUCACAGGACUCACACUGGGGAGAAACCCUAUACGUGCCUGGAGUGUGGACGGAGCUUCGCUGAGAUUGGACAUCUACGUUCACAUCAAAGGAUUCAUACUGGGGAGAAACCUUUUGAAUGCCAGGAGUGUGGACGGAGCUUCACUCAGAGGGCACACCUAAAUUCACAUCAAAGGACUCACACUGGGGAGAAACCCUAUAAAUGCCUGGAGUGUGGGAAGAGCUUCACUCACCAUUCAAAUUUAUAUUCACAUCAAAGGAUUCACACUGGGGAGAAACCCUAUAAAUGCCUGGAGUGUGGACAGAGCUUCACCGACGGUUCAGGUCUAUGGUCACAUCAAAAGAUUCAUAGUGGGGAGAAACCCUAUAAAUGCCUGGAAUGUGGAAAGAGCUUCAUUAAUAAUUCAGGUUUACGUAAGCAUCAAAGGACUCAUGCUGGGGAGAAACCCUAUACAUGCCUGGAAUGUGGAAAGAGCUUCGUUGAUAAUUCAAGUUUACGUCUGCAUCAAAGGACUCACACUGGGGAGAAACCCUAUAAAUGCCUGGAGUGUGGACAGAGCUUUGCUAAAAAUGCAGGUCUGCGUUAUCAUCAGUGGACUCACACUGGAGUGAAACCCUAUACAUGCCUGGAGUGUGGACAGAGCUUCACUGAUCAUACAGGUAUACGUAGACAUCAAAGAAUUCACACUGGGGUGAAACCUUAUACAUGCCUCGAGUGUGAAAAGAGCUUCACUCGUAAUUCAAUUUUACGUUCGCAUCAAAGGACUCACACUGGGGAGAAACCCUAUACAUGCCUCGAGUGUGGACGGAGCUUCUCUCUUAUUGGAAAUCUACGUUUACAUCAAAGGACUCAUACUGGGGAGAAACCCUACACAUGCCUCGAGUGUGGACGGAGCUUCUCUUUUAUUGGAAAGCUACGUUUACAUCAAAGAACUCACACUGGGGAGAAACCCUAUAAAUGCCUGGAGUGUGGACAGACCUUUACUCUGAGGGGACAUCUAAAGUCACAUCAAAGGACUCACACUGGAGAGAAACCCUAUAAGUGCCUGGAGUGUGGACAGAACUUCAAAUACAGUUCAUCUCUGCACUUGCAUCAAAGGAUUCAUACUGGCGAGAAACCCUAUAAAUGCCUGGAGUGUGGAAAUAGCUUUGCUCAGAGUGGAGUUCUACGUAGGCAUCAAAGGACUCACUCUGGGGAGAAACCUUAUAAAUGCAUGGAGUGUGGACAGAGCUUUGCUCAGAGUGGAGUUCUACUUAAGCAUCAUCAGCGGACUCAUGCUGGGGAGACACCCUAUAAAUGCCUGGAGUGCAAUCAGAGCUUCACUUGUUGUUCAAGUCUGAAUAGUCAUCGAAGGACUCACACUGGGUAGAAACCUUAUACAUGCCUUGAGUGUGGAAAGAGCUUCAUUCACAGUAGAAAUCUACAUAAACAUCAACAUGGAGGGGAACACUGAGUAGAAACUCUAUAAACACACGGCGUGCGGAAAGAGCUUCUCUGAGAGAUCAAAUA